UCUUAAUGGGAGGGAACGGAAGACAGUAAAAUGCUCUGGGUGGCAGACGUUCCACUGUGGUAUUGUGAUAUGUCCAUAUUAUAAAUAAAUUCGCCUGUGUACUGUCAGCAGAUGUGGUAUUACAAGUGCUGGAACAGUGUUGGAAGUGCUGGUUGAGGCAAGGUAAUAAAUUGCAGUUAGUUAAUUCUGUGAAAGCCUUAUCUGUCUUUACUCGCUCUGUCCAGGUGUUCGAUAAGUACCCUGGCAUGGCUUUCUAUUGACAUAAUACCAUAAUUGAAUGGAUCAUCUGUGCAUUAUGCCAUAACGGAUUUGCAGUUGUGCUUCCUGAGUGGCGAGUUUCGAUCGAUGUGGCGUGUGCUCACAGUGUGGGUGUGUGCUUGAUGAUGGGAGGCGCUCGAGCCCAAGCUCAGAGGGUUUUCGCUGCUGCAGAUGCUACGGAUCACGCUGUCGGAUGUUUAACCAGUGCAGACAGGUAAUCCUAGAGGUAAAUUAUUUGGCAGAAUUCUUUGAGGAAUAUGUGUUUAGUUAAUUUCUGACCUCAACCAUACAGACACUUUGGGAAACACUCCCUAGAUGAUUCUUUCAACCUCACAUGAAGACAGGAUGUUGUGAAAAUGAUGUAUUGCUGUCGCCUUUAGUCAAGUUAUUUAUUGUUAUUGUAAUGUCAUUAUCCAAGCAGUCUUUCCUUGCUCCAUGUGUUCUCUCCAGAUGACAACUCCUUUAAGGCUUCCCGUGAAUGAUGACGACUGUGUCGAGCUUGAGAAAAUAGGGGACCAUGUGUGUAAUGGUAGGUCGUUGUUGUUUACUCCGUGUCUGAUUUGGCUAAAUACUGCUCAGCUUAAGUUAUUGUUAGUCACAAGUAGACUAAAAAGAAAGGAAGUUAAAAUAGCCAUGGAUCCUGGGUUCAGGCCAGGAAACUAGAUCCAAAUAAAAGCCUGCAAAUCAAUAAUCUCUUCUCGCUCAAGUUUUAUUGAGCAGGCCUCCUGCAUUAUACACUUCAAGUCUCACCUCCCUGACAUACUGCAUGCUAAUGGUGCCCUGAAUAAUGAAAACUGCCUCACUGAGGAUCUGCAUAACUUUUCCGACAGAGACUGGACUGUGAGCCGAAUGAGUACUGACUUUUUAUAACCUCUGUAAUGUUUGGGCGAAUACAAAAAUCAUUCCUCUCUUUGCCCACAUCAUCUUUUUUUUAAAGGAAGCAUCCCCAAGCCGGUGAUAGGCAGUCCAACUCGAAAGAUGAUGGGCAGCAAGUUGAUCGGUGGGGUACGCAGGCUGAGCACCAUCUCAGAGCAAGAACCAGACAAGCUGGACACCAAUCCCACUACCAGUGAUUCCCAAGCAGGCAGUGAAUGGGGUGGAUCCAGUUUCUCCAUGUCUUCUGACAAGUUUAAGAACAGCAGCAGUCAUUUUUCCUCAGAUGAUUCAUACCAGCCUGACGUUGGAGAUGACUGUGCAGCCCUCCUUCUCGCCUGUCUGCACUGCCGCUUCCAUGAGUUAAUGGUCCUGCUGCCGGAUACAUGUGAGAGGGCCGUGAGCCGCUGCUUUCCAUCAUACAAAUACGUCAAGGCAUCCAGUGAGAGAGACCAGCAGGGAAAGGAUUGUUGUAAUUACAAACUGGAGCUGGACUGUAACUGCUGUGGCUCCUGUCAGGACACAGGAGAACUCAUAGAGCUGGCCAUGGAGAUAUCAGAGGUGUGCUAUCGCUGAGAAUUCCCCUUCUGUGCCUUUCACCAGUGACCUGCAAACACAUUUUAUAUACACCUCAAACAAGAGCACAAACACAAAUCUUGAAUGCUCAACAAACAGCAUGACUGCCUCAUCUUAUUCACGUGUAAGUGUAAUAAAUUUCCAUCACUGAGUUUUUUUUUUUCUUAUACUGGCUUUGUGGAAAUGCACCAUCUGUAGCGUCUGUGCCUCAGCAUUAGACUACUGCCACCCUUUGAAGCAGCGUAGAGUUGAUUGCCAUAAUGUGUCAGCCUCCUUAUUUGUUGUCGCACCCACAGUUGCCCCACCGAGCAAAGUAAUCAAAUGCCAACGUGCUGCCCUGUCAGGGUGGAACAGGAAAGAUUUCAUUCCUGAUUGAUCUCGUGACACCCGUAUUUACUGGUGGUGACAACAAAUGUGGUUUAACAAUACAGGUCACAGAAACCGCAGCUCAGACGUGCAAACUGCUGUCAUUCUUAUGAAGAAGUCAGGCAAUAUUUUUUAAUGCUAUGCACGGCAUGAGUGCAAACACUGAAAGCAGCUCAUUAUCUCGCUGGGAAGGUGGAGGUGUGCAGCCUGUCGCCUGCAGCUCUUCAUCUAAUAGCGCCGUCUUGUUCCAUCACUUUCUGUAAUAUUUCAAACUGAUCUGCAGUCAGAAAUUGCCAAACGAAAAAAAAGACCGUAGUGUUGUUUUGUGGAUGGAUUUUUGAUUAACAAUUGCGGUAAGAGCUAAACACACAUUGUACUACACGCAUUGCAUUUCCUCCAUACUUUAUAAUAAUCAACUUAUGUUUUGUCAGUUAAAUGCUUUUAAAGCUUUUAAAGCUGCAGCUGUUGGAAAUGUUCAGUUUGCAUUAGCAGUAACUUAAUAUGACAUUUUUUUCUGGAAAUUUCAGCACAGAGACCCACACUGUAAUACUGCAAAUAUAAAAAUGUUGCAAUACUUUCAUCAGUGGGCCAUAGGCCUAAUGAUCACUUUGUUACCGAUAGAUAGCAACCAUCUAAUCAUUACUAUGGACGCAUUAACAUGUAAACAGUGCUUUAUUAUUGUAUUUGUUUGUUGGAACAAAUUUGAACAA